AUUUGUCCAUCUUAAUUGAGGCUAAAAGAAUGAUACAAUUUCCCUGCCAAGGAAACAGAUUUAAUGGAUACCUUGAUGAUCAUCAGAUGGAAGUUCUCCCUCCUCCUCUUGGCCGCCUUCAUUUUGGCGGAUGAUGACUCUCAGGCCAUGUCCAAGCUGGCGGAUGCCCUUAAUCCCAGGCCACACAACCGGUCCAUCAGUGUUUCAAAUGCUGCCUAUUGCGCUAUGGUUGGGAAGGAGUGCUUAGCUGAUAACAAUUUCUCCAGCAUUCCCUCGGAGUUCUUUUCAGGUCUCCCUACUAGUAUACAAAAUUGGAGUUUGAGGGUACAUCGGAAUGAUUUAACUGGGGAUUUGCCAGAUUCGCUAGGGAGAUCCAUGGUUAAAGUUCUGCAACUUCAUGGUCAGAGAACUGGGCUUUCAGGGACCAUCAGUGCAUUGUCCACCACGGUCAAUUUGGUCCAGGUUACACUACAGAACAAUAAUUUCCCUGUUCUUUUAGCGGAUUUGUCCAAUUGCAACGGAUUGGAACUCUUGAAUCUUAAAAAUAAUACCUUAACUGGAAUUGUCCCAGAGUCCUUGCCGACAAACUCAGGGCAACCUUGUGGUCCACAGGUCACAACAUUGCUUGAAAUUGCAAGCGCUUUUGGGUAUCCAUUGAAGCUGUCUGAUUCUUGGAGAGAAACUGGUAACCGCAACAAACAACUUUUAUCCAACUGUUGGAGCUGCGGUGUCAAAGCUGCGCAAGAGGCAGCAAAUGGAAAGAAGGCUGCACAGGUAGCAGCAAAUGGAAAGAAAGCUGCACAAGUGGCAGCAAAAUGGAAGAAGGGAGAGCUGCACCAAAGCACGGUAGCAGAAAAGUGCAGCAACCUAUGCUGCAAAAUGUUGAUGAAAUGUUGGUGAAAUGAGGUUGAAAUGUAAUGCAAAUGAAAGCAAAUGGAAAGCUGCAAAGUAGCAGCAAGAACAGCCACAUGGAGCCACACAAAUGGAAGCAAGACUUUUAAUGUAAUCUUGCAUUAAAUGUUUUGCAGAUUUUUCUCUUAAUGGAUAAGUAUUAGGUACUGUUUAUGAACUGAAUUCUCCGCUAUAUAAUUGCAGAACAAUAAAUGAAAAACUGGAGU